AGAUAACAGCAGGGAGAAUCGCCGAUCUCCAGGUCCAGAGAGCAGUUUGGCCAGUACAGUAUACUGAAUGGUCGGUGGAUCGGUCUUCGUGAAAACUAGCUGCUAAGAUAUCUGGUUCUUGGAAAAUGGCCUCAUCAAAAGAGCAAGAAGAUAUUUUCAAAUUUAUGGUGUUUUUGCAGAAGUGGGACCAUGGCUCCAAAGCUACUCGACAACAUAUACUGAAUGAUUUUAUAAAUACGAGUAGAGGCAAAACAAGCCCAGAGCUGGAAUUACAAUUUGCUCAAGGAGCUAGUUUAUUUCUCACUAGGUUGACGGCAUGGCUCAGAAUAACUUACAUGGUUGGUACUUGUGUAACUGAGCAAUUACAGGCCAUUGGUAUAUUUUUAUCAGCAGCAAGUGGUCAUCGAUAUCUGGUAGAAGUCUUAGAAGUUGGCGGCCUUUUGACACUUCUGGAGAUUCUGAGGCUAAAACAAUUGCAAGAGGAUGCCAAAGGAGAAGCAUUAAAAUUGCUUCAGAUUAUUGCAAAUGCUGGAAGAAAAUACAAAGAAAUAAUCUGUGAAAGCUAUGGGGUCAGAAACAUUGCAGAAUGUUUAGCAAACUCGGAAGUGGAAAAGACCCAAGAACAGGCUCAGAUCUUAUUAGAACAAUUAGCUCAAGGCAAUCCAAAAUAUCAACUGCAAGUUUACAAAGGACUAGUGGCAUUAUUGCCAUGCACCUCCCCGAAAGUUCAACAAAUGGCUCUUCAAGCACUGAGGACUUUACAGAGUGUUGUGAAGAUGGUGCAUCCUUGUAUUGUGGAACCACUCUUGGACAUACUGCGAUCCAUACAUUAUGAAGUGCAUUAUGAAGUAAUUGAAUUCAUCAAGAUACUCCUGAAUUAUAAAGUACGUCCAGCUUUGCUUGAAGGAUUAGUUGCACGACUAACUCCAUCAUUGGACAACAUAAAGAAUCGACCAAAGAUUCUUUACGAUGAACCCGCAUCAAACCUUGUAGAAUCCUCACCAUUAUACGUACAACAAGCUGCAGCAGCAAAAGUUAUAGGCAUAAUAAUGAAAGAAUCUACUGAGGUGGCUGAGGAAUUGCUGCAUCUCCGAGUGGUACAUCACCUCAUGAUUGCCAUGGGGAACCUGGAAUAUGCAGACAGCCAGAUACAAGCUUGCAUGGCAUUGGAAUACCUGAUUCAUACAUUUCCAGUCGUGGAAGAACAUGUACGAAAAGCCAUGGGAGAGUCACUGUAUGAAUUAUAUAUGAAAAAUCCAGAGAAUUUGUACUUGAAAAUGGACUCCAUCCAAGCUGUUGUUUUGGUUGACAACAAAGUCAAUAUUCCAGGAUGUAAGACAGUGCUAAUUUUACACUUUAGAAAUACUGAAAAUUGAAUUUACAUUUUUUAUCAUUUAAAUGAUUGCUUUAGCACAAUGUAAUGUUUUACCUCUGCAGUUGAAGGAGAACCAGAAUAACCAAGCUGUCUGCAGCAACACAAUAAGAUGAAGCUAUUUUUAUGCAAAGUAAAAAUUUUCUGAAUUAAUUACAUUUUCAAAUAAAUGUUAGAGACAAAGAAUUGUAGUGCUUGGACUAUUUCAAGAUAUUUUCUGUUCCAUUGAAAAACUCCAUUUUAUUGACAAGACAAUGCACGAUCAACUAUCAAGCUACGGCUGUUGAACUGUUUUUAACAAUGUGAAACUUCAUCAAUGAUGUAAAUUCACAUCUCUUCACAAACAGAUUUGUCUAUUAAUAAAAAACACUACUUUUGCAAAAUGUAUAAGUACAUUGUCUGGCUUCUCUAAACAUCACAUGAUUCCUGUAUUUCAACUUGCUAAUAAAAUUGAGCAAUCU